UUUCUUCUUUCCAAAGAUGGGAGUCUGAUGUUCCAGCAAGUGCCAAUGGUUGAAAUCGAUGGGAUGAAGCUGGUGCAGACCAGAGCCAUUCUCAACUACAUCGCCAGCAAAUACAACCUCUAUGGGAAAGACAUAAAGGAGAGAGCCCUGAUUGAUAUGUACGCAGAAGGUGUGUUCGAUUUGGGUGAAAUGAUCAUGCAUUUGCCACUGUGUCCACCUGCGGAGAAAGAUGCCAAGUUGGCCCAGAUCCGAGAGAAAACAACAAAUCGCUAUCUCCCUGCAUUCGAAAAAGUGUUGAAGAGCCACGGACAGGACUACCUUGUGGGCAACCGGCUGAGCAGGGCUGACGUGCACCUGGUUGAGCUGCUCUACUACGUGGAAGAGGUGGACCCCAGCCUUCUGGCCAGCUUCCCGCUGCUGAAGGCCCUGAAAAGCAGAGUCAGCAGCCUCCCUACCGUGAAGAAGUUUCUGCAGCCUGGCAGCCAGAGGAAGCCUCUGGCCGAUGAGAAAACGAUAGAAGAAGCCAGGAGGGUUUUCAAGUUUUAAUAAAGCAGCUGAGCCAGCCAGGACCCGUCUCCUGAAAUUUCCUUAUGGUGACGUGUUUACCUAAAUGUACAUCUGGGUGUUGUGAGACUAAUAAACUAUUCCAAAGUUUUAGUGGU